AUGGAGACCGAUUGGAUGAUAGAAGAACAGACGACGCCAAAGGUGGCAUCACUUACAUCACUGGACACAGGUGUGAAGCCAGCACCAAGUGGUGCUGCAUAUGUGGCAGAGAGAAACACAUGUCUAAACCUUUUUUCAAAAUGGAACGAAACCGACCAGGUGGAGUUUGUAGAACAGCUAUUGGCGCGUAUGUGUCACUAUCAGCAUGGUCACAUAAACGCAUAUCUCAAACCUAUGCUGCAGAGGGAUUUUAUCAGCAUGCUGCCAAAAAAAGGCCUAGACCAUGUAGCGGAGAACAUCCUCUCGUAUUUGGACGCGAGUUCGCUGUGCGCCGCAGAACUGGUGUGCCGCGAGUGGCAGAGGGUCAUCUCGGAGGGGAUGCUGUGGAAGAAGCUGGUGGAACGGAAGGUCAGGACUGACUCGCUGUGGAAGGGGCUCGCUGAGAGGAGAGGAUGGAUUAUGUAUUUAUUCAAACCGAAGCCAGGCAGCCAGCAUCCGUCCCACUCCUUCUACAGACAGCUGUACCCUAAGAUAAUACAAGAUAUACAAUCUAUUGAAGAAAACUGGAGAAUGGGAAGGCAUAAUUUGCAGAGGAUAAACUGCAGAUCGGAGAACUCAAAAGGAGUUUACUGUUUGCAAUAUGAUGAUAAUAAGAUUGUGUCCGGGCUUAGAGAUAAUACAAUUAAGAUUUGGGAUCGGAAGACUUUACAAUGUGUUAAGGAACUACAAGGUCACACGGGUUCAGUCCUUUGCCUACAAUACGAUGAAAGAGCAAUCAUAUCCGGUUCAUCAGAUAGCACAGUACGAGUAUGGGAUGUCAAUACUGGUGCAAUGCUGAACACGCUGAUACAUCACUGCGAGGCCGUGUUGCAUUUGCGGUUUUGUAAUGGAAUGAUGGUCACGUGUAGUAAGGAUAGAUCAAUAGCUGUAUGGGAUAUGACGUCGACGACGGAAAUAAUGCUCCGUAGGGUACUUGUUGGGCACAGGGCUGCGGUGAACGUGGUCGACUUUGACGAGAAGUACAUUGUCAGUGCGAGUGGGGAUAGGACUAUUAAGGUAUGGAAUACGUCGUCCUGCGAAUUCGUACGGACGUUAAACGGCCACAAACGUGGCAUCGCGUGCCUUCAAUACCGGGACCGGCUCGUCGUGUCCGGAUCGUCCGACAACACUAUCCGACUUUGGGACAUCGAGUGCGGACAGUGUAUACGCGUUUUGGAGGGACACGAGGAGCUUGUUAGGUGUAUACGUUUCGAUAACAAACGAAUAGUAAGCGGUGCGUACGACGGCAAGAUUAAAGUGUGGGACCUUCGAGCCGCACUCGACGUUCGUACGCCGCACCAAGAUCUCUGUUUAAGGACCCUGGUGGAGCACACCGGCCGCGUGUUCCGCCUUCAGUUCGACGAGUUUCAAAUUGUUUCGUCGUCUCACGACGAUACGAUUCUCGUGUGGGACUUCCUCAACUACACGGGGGCUUCGCCGGCGCCCCCCGCACCCCCGCAGCCGAGGUGGGCCUCGCCCGAGCUGGAUAGGGCCUUUUAUGACUAG